UGGGUGUCAUGUGUGUGGUGUGAGGAUGUAAACAAUAGUGCACCCCGGCCAGUGGUCUCCCCUGCUACACCACACAAAACAAGAUGGCAGAACAGAAUGGGGAGGUGAAGAAUCCCUUUGCAAAAAGACCGGGAAUAGGUAGAGCCAGUGAAUUGAACCUUAUUGGUUCUAGUACUACUCCUGGAUCAAGCAGUAGCAUGUCUGCUCGUCUACCUUCUUUCCGUGGCCCACGAGAUCUCACUCUAUCUGCGUCAUCCUCUGCUACUCCCGUAAAACCCUCCCUUAUGACGAGGACUCGCAAAACAUUCUCACCAAAUAUACCUGUUCGAAGAGGAAAAAAUGAGAAAGUAUUAGACUCUCGCUCAGAUAAAGGACCAAAGCGUAAUCGUGAACGUGAUAAAAAGGAGGGAGGUAGAGGAAGAGGUCGUGGAAGAGAGUAUGUCCAGACUACAGGUUCCCUCUUCGGUGAAGGAAUUGCAGCAGCUCCUCAAAGACGUGGGAUGAUGGGUGGCUAUGGAGUUGGAGGAGGUGGUAGUGGUGCAGGGAAGUCUGGGGAACCUGGCUUCAUACACAAGCCUGUCCUUAAUCUGGACACUGUUAACAACAUCGAUAAGGAACAUGAAGACCAAAAAUUAAAGGAGAUCUUGCGGGAUGACUUUAUUGAUGACCUGGAAGACGUCAUCGGGCGAGAUAAUGAUGGUGACUUGUUUCCUGUACAAUUACCAAUGGUGGACACUGGACUGGUAUUUAAGGAAGAAGACGGAAAAGAUACAACAGAAGUAAAGCCAAAAAUGUCUCCAAAUUUAUCAGAAGGCAUUGAAGUAAAAUGUGAACCAGCAGAGUCCACUGAGGACAUGACUGCAGUAGACAAUGCUAUCAAAGAUAUUACACUGGAAACCAAGAAUGUAAAGUUGGCAGUAAGAAAAGUCACAGUGAAGGGAGGUUUACCAGCUAAAGAAAAAGCUCCAGAACUUUCUGUUGCCCAACUUUUAGCUGGAAAGCAUGAAGACUUCAUGUUUUUUCAGCUGCCAAACUCUCUUCCCAGUCAUCCACCAGAAAUUAAGCAAGAAUCCAGUGGUACUCGAUCGCAAAAUACAGCACAGCAACAAAGCCAGACAGCUCCUAACAACUUAGAACUAGAUGAAGACGAAGAGAAGAGGUCCAGUCGUCAGUACUGUACACUAAAUACUUUACCAGAAGGACAGAUUGGAACUCUAAAGAUAUAUAAAUCUGGCAGAACAGAAUUAUGGCUUGGAGACCACAAACUUACUGUUAACAAAGGGACUCAAGUGGGAUUUUUACAAGAUGUAGUAAGUGUAGAGGUUGAUGAAGAAAAUAAAAGUGGUUCUAUGACUGUUCUGGGGCACGUAGGACACCGGCUUGUUUGUACCCCUGAUCUAGAAUCUCUCGUCAAACAGAAUAAAACCUAACAUAAGCCUUAAUACUAGUCAUUUAUUUAAUGUUUCUGCACCCAUUUUCAUAUGGAUGAAGCUUUAAGUUUUAUUUUUUUAAAUGUAUCUUCUCGGAGGUUAUUUUUAUUCAAAUUAUUUCUUGGAACUUUUGUUUGGAAGUAACUGGCUGCACCAGUCAGUUGCAUCUUUUGACAGAUUCAUUUUUUCAAGACUUUUUCUUAGUGGUGCUUCUCAUGUUUUUGAGAAACUUUUGUUUACCAUGGCUUUCCAAUAAGGGAGCAUAUGUGUGGGGACAAUUUGUUUAUUUCCUGUUCAUAAAAUUUCAAGGACUAAAUUUGAGAUUUAAAUAUGUUUAUAAACAAUAGUACAGUAUUUUGUUAUUUUCUUAAAAUUUAAGGUUUAUUUAUCGUUAUCAUAUUGCAAUGCAGACAAAGUUAUUGGCUCUUUAUAUAAUUUAAUAUGGAAAAGUGGAUACUGUAUACAGAUAUCUGGCAUUCUUUGAUAGUGGUUUAUAAUUAAUCCAAUAAAUCUAACUUUUUAUUCU